UGGGCGUGAGGAAAAGGCGAGCGUUGGGGAGAAUUACGCCUGGCCUUUCCACACCCACCCUUCAACUUUGGCUCUGGAGUCGACCUGCCUCUGAACCCUCUGCCACAGCCGACAUGGGGCUCCGGAAGAAAAACAAGAGCCCGCCGGUCCUGAGCCAUGAGUUCGUCAUCCAGAACCAUGCGGACGCUGUGUCUUGCCUCGCCCUGGGCCUUCUCCUGGGGCUCAUGUUCGAGGUUACAGCCAGAUAUGCCAUCAUGUUUAUUACUAUUCAAUACAAUGUUACUUACACUACAGAUGACAGGCCUGAACCAAUUCAUUUCUAUGAGGGUGGUCCAAAAGACAUGGCCACCAUAUUUUUCUACAUGCUUAUAGCCAUUAUUCUGCAUGCAGUGAUUCAGGAAUACAUACUAGAUAAAAUUAAUAGACGUCUCCACUUGUCAAAAACAAAGCAUAGCAAAUUCAACGAAUCAGGGCAACUAGCAUUUUUCUACUUGUUUUCAUUUGUCUGGGGAGCAAGCAUUUUGUCCGCAGAAGAAUUCACAACAAAUCCAACUCUGUUGUGGAAAGAUUACCCUCAUUCUCGAAUGUUCUUUCAGGUAAAAUUCUUCUAUAUUUGCCAGAUAGCCUAUUGGCUUCAUGCACUACCAGAACUCUACUUUCAAAAAAUUAGAAAGGAAGAUAUUCCCAGACAGUUGUACUAUAUCUGCCUUUAUAUUGUCCAUAUAUCUGGUGCCUACAUUUUGAAUCUUCAUCGUUUGGGGCUAAUUUUGCUGGUGCCUCAUUACCUUGUGGAACUGAUUUUUCAUGCCUCACGUCUUUUCUACUUCAGUGAUGAGAAUAAACAGAAAGGAUUUACCCUUUGGGCUCUACUAUUCGUAAUGGCUCGGCUUUUGACCUUAACUUUGUCAGUUCUCACAUUUGGAUUUGGUCUGGCAAGAGCAGAAAAUCCUGGUUUCUCUAUAGCAGAAGGAAACUUCAACAUACUUACGAUUCGAAUUGGCUGUCUGGCUGCAAUUUGUUUGACUCAAGCUUGGAUGAUGUGGAAAUUCAUCAACUUCCAAUUAAAGAAAUGGAGAGAACAUGUUCAGAAUCAGAUUCCUAAGAAAAAAGCAAUCAACACGAAGAGUAAACCAGCAAAAAAGGAACCAAGCAGAUCUAACUUUGUCAAUGGAGCAGUAAAAUUUGAAGAGGGCACAUCACCUAGAAAAAGGAAAUCAAAAGUUUUGUAAGAAUCUUAGAUCCAGAGGACUCUUUUUACAUAAGACUGUAUUUAAAAAAAAAGUUCUGUUAAUGCAAAGAGAGAGACUAUCAAGUUACAUUGCCUGAAAGACACUUGUUGAAAUAAUAUAUUUUUAAACAUCAGUACAAAAUGUAUUGUGAGUAUUUCAUCAUGAAUUUAGUUUAUUUAACAUUAUAAUGUUCACCAUUUCCAUGUAUAAUUUCUCUUUUGUUUCAUUCUCAUGUCUAAGUACAAUAUUACUAUAAUGGGGACAGGCACAGAAUGAUUAUUGGUCAGGCAUAUCUUUAUUUAGAGUUUUAAAAUAUAAGUAACAACUCCAUUAAAUUAGGAAAAAGUAGAUUUUAAAAAUAGUUUUUAGUAACUUUAAUUUCUGAACUGAAUUACUAUUAAAGGUAUGUGUUAGAAUUUUUAGGAGAUGUUUGCACCAUUUUCUGUUUUAAUUAUACUGUCUGAAAUGUCUCUCUUAUUCAGAAGCAAUUUAAAUAUUCUGCUUUUUAAAGUUCCUCGGUUUUUGAUACAUUAUCUCAGUUCUGAUGUGUGUUUUCAGAAUGAUUACCAAGUGUUUAAGGCUAAAUUUAGUAGAAACAGUAUCCUGUUUGGAGACCUAAACUAGUUUGUUGUAUACAAAGUAGCUUCCAAAGCCUUUUCAAGGAAGUUUUUAAAGUAGAUGCUUUUUAAAAAAAAAAAGGUGCUAAAAAGGUUUAUUUUGAUUUUACUUUACUGAGAGAUCCAUGAAACUACAAACUGUUCUUCAAAAUGAAUGUUUAACAUCCAGGGCUGUAGACAUGUUCAGAAUGACUAUAAGAAAGUCAAGUUCUUUUCUUGCCUAUCACAAACAAAAGCCAAAAAAUAAACGUAGCUUUUUGCUCUGUCAUAAUUUCAGCCAGUGGCACCCUGUUCCUGCCUCAUGCUAAAAGCUUUUAAUUCGCAAAUAGGUGCUUGCAGUUAAUGCCUGUUAUAUUAUGCAGUUAUUAUUCAGCCAUCAUGUGCUAAAAUACCAGGUUAUGAUUAAAAGUCAGAAUUAUGGUUGACAAUUUAUGGAAAAAAGACUCUCAUGGGGUUUCAGAGACUGUCUGCUCCUGUAAGGGGCUUGCACUACUGACUCGGCUGAAAUUUUUACUCUGAAAACGGAUUCCUUUUUCCAUAUCAGAGGCUGCUUUUUAACCCCUUUUCAAUUUUCACAGCAGUUUGCCAUGUAAAAAGAGCUGCGGGGGUGGGGGGUAUCUAAAGCUCCACACAUCCCUUGGUUUCAGAAUUCAUUGGAUUCUCACCAUUGACUAUAGAGCUAUAGAUCCUAUAGUAUUAUGCUAUAGGCUUUCAUGUAGUCUUCUCCUCCCCGAUCCCUUUUAACCAUUUCUUCUGUUAGCUCCUGGAUAUAUUGGAGGAGAGGCAUUUUGCUUUAGAUAGGACAAGUUGCUGUUUAAGUUGUAAUCCUAAAAGUGUCUGUUCCAGAAACAGAGUAAGCAACCAGAAUAAGCCUUUUCUCUUUUGAUGUGCCACUACUACAAAAUAAAAUCCCUUAACAAUAGCAACAAAUAGAAGGGGAAAUAAGUUACUUUUUAAAUGAGCCUUUGGUUUUCCGGGCUGUUGGAUGACCCAGAAGAGCUAAUGAAAGUCUUUCACAUAUUAGAGAUGCAAUCUAUAUUUUAUUAAAACUCUCAUGGUUGUAGCAGUUUCAUAUCCUCACACUGUGAUGUGAUGCUCUAUGGGCAUUACAAUGCACUUGUAAACUCACAUACACUUAAGGGUUUCCCUAUAUAGUUCAGGGCAGACUUUAUUCAUGCAUGUCUAAGGAUGGAACAGUCCCUGACACUGCACCCAGUGGGGAUACUCUUGUGUGCUCAAACGCUCUAUAACAGCACACCCAGUAUGAUAGCCAUGACAUAACUCCUCUUCUAGAACAGUAGAGGCUAUUAUACACUCCUCGAUAUGCAUAAGAACUGCUUAUGUCUACUUUUCAUCCUGGUAGAACGUUCAUCUUCUGCAACUUAUGCUACGUUAUAAAACUUUGUCAACUGAUGACAAAACUCUUUUGUUUAAAGAUAUUUUAUUUUGAACCAGUCAGUCUUGGGAUGAAAUUGCACCUCAGUCCUGACCAUACUCCUGUGAGAAACAAGGGACUUAAAUCAUGCUUUCUCUAGCACUCAGUAAACCAUUCAGUCACACAUGUUUAGAUGUUGCCACAUGGAUAAAAUAACUUUUAAAAAAUAAUGAGUCUUUUUGUAUGUUUAACAUAGCUGCAUCAUUUGUAUACAAAAUGCCAUUCAGAAUUUGAGCCCAUUUUUCUCAUUUGACAACCUGGUCCUGUGUGCAAGCUAACUGUAGGAUUUUUCUGUGACAUCUUAUAAUCCUGUAUGUUCCUAUUGAAAAUGUUUACCUUGGAACUAGAUUUAUAUUUUUUUAUGCUUUUAAAUAAAACUUAUUUGUAUGUUGAUGAAUGCCUUGUCUGAUAAAAGUAUCAUCUUCUGAGCAGUUUUGAUGAAAACUUAGUUUUGUUACAAGGUUCAGCUGUGCUGCUCAUAAGACAAUGCUUUCGCUGAUCAUUAUGAUUGUAGUCCUGGACUGCUUUCUAAGAGAGGAAGUUGAAGGCCAGUUAUCCCUGUAGUGUCCUCAGGAUGGUAACUGUGGACAUUGCGUAGUUACCGGCUGAAGUUUGUAUUGUCUAAAACAUUGUAUAAUGCUAAUAUAAGCUAAUUUUGUGUAAUAGAAAUGGUCAGUUUUUUAAAAAAAAUAACUAGUCUAAUUAUGUAUUACAAAGUAAUUGAAAACUCUUCUGAAGGAAGUCAUCAGGCACUUCAAACUUCAAAAAAAUAUGUUUACAGGCUGAGAAUUGCAUUACAAUCUUGUAGAAGAUAAUGGUUCAGUUAUUGAAUUAUUGGAAUUAAAUUCCUAACAUACACAUGGAAUUCUUCUUAUACAUUUAAAGUUAAAAUUGACAGCUUUCUACCUAUGAAUCCAGACACUUUCUCUAAAAUGUCUCUAAAAUGUCCUUGAAAUGCAAGUGUGUUGUAUUUGGGCGUAUGAGGGUGUGUGUGUCUGCACACACAUAAACCUGAUAUCUGUAAACCAAGAAGACAAUUCUUCUGCAGCAUGAAAGGAACUUAUCAACCAAUUACCAUUCUGUCCUGUGUCAUUGCACUGUGCUGAUGGAUAUUUUAUGUACUAUCAAUGCAUUAAAUAAAAGGUGGGGCUGUGCCUUAAGGUAUUUUGGUGAGCCUUAAACAGUUUUUGGCAAGCACAUUGAUUUUGAGGUAUUGCCACAAAAACUUGAUGCAUAGGAACUUGUAAUUAAAAUUAAUGGAAAAUAGUAAUGGGCUGGUUGUGUAUUCAGAGAAAUUGCUCUGCAUACGUAGCCUCUCCAUUUAAAUAGGUUGUAGAAUCUGUGACUUGGAGCAGAAUAUAUGUGGGUAUAUAAGCAGAGAUGGUGUAAAAGCAGUGCUAAACAGCUGCCCUGUUGCAAUAUUGAAUGUCCCAUGUGUUGCAUGAGCACACACCUCACCGCUUGCCUAAUGCCCAGUCAGCCCCAGGGACUCCUGGAUGUACAUGGGCAUCAUGCAUGUUCUUGUAUGUGUAUAUAGGAGCCAAUAAUAUGCUGGGUGCUCUAGUUAGUUUCCUCCCAGGAUAUCCUAGUAAUUCCUUCUUUCCUCUAGCACUAAUUCUUACACCAGAAUGUGCCAUUCAAGAACUUGCACAGGGGAACAGAAAGAAUUAACAGUGUGUGUUGUGCAGUUCUGAGCUUGUUUACCCAGAAGUAAAUCCCCAGAAUUACUGGGCCUUACUCCUGAUAAGUGUAUAUACAAUGGCAGUACUGGAGGAAUGCAAAAAGCUUAAGUCUUUAAGCCAAUUACAAGAAGACCUUCAGGUGCCCUCUCAGAAGGCUGGUCUAUUUGUCUUACAGUUGCCAGAGCAAAUAUUUACAUAUUGUUAAUAGAAUAAAAGCCUAAAAAUUAUGGGCAUUGUGUUCAAACUUACUUCCAGAUAAAUACAAACAAUUCUAGGGUUGUUUCUAUUCUAAAAAACAGCUGCACUUAUGAGUUUUCACAGAAGGCUAUCGUGCAUAUAAGGGUAAGUAUAAAAUACAGUGAAGAUGAAAAAUCUCCUUUGAAUGCAAAAUUCUGAACAGCUUAAAAAUCUAAAAAUCUUUUAUACAUUGUAAGAUCUUAUUAUUGAUCACAGCAACUAAUAUCUCCUUAUUUUCAACUUCACCAAGUAUAACCUAUUGAUUUUUGUUCCACCCUUGAUUUAGGUUCACCCAAUAAUCUUAAACAAGUAUCAUGGAAUUAUUCAGUUAGACUUACUCCUUUAGCUGCAGCUGAACAAGACCAGUCAAUAUAUCCAGAAAAUAGUGUGAAGGGAAGGGUUGACUCCCGCCCCUCCAUGCAGCAUCACCACCUCCAUGGCUGCUUUUAAAGAAAACUAAAACACCUGGAGAACCAAUGUGCAUCUUGUCUAGGCAUGCACUUAAUCUCACUUAUUAAGCGCAAAGCCUAUGAAAGUGUUAAGGAAGCUAAAAAUGUUCAGGUGUGUUACUGAUUUUUCUUAGUGGCCCAUUCUGCAUGUCUGUAUAAAAAUGCGUGCUCUGAGAAGGGAUCAGGACGUUUAGUUACCUUAUAUCUAAAAAUGUUACAAUUAGGGUUGCUGACAGGCCUAGAGAAAAACAUCCUGCUCCUUUUAUAGAGAUUCAUUCUGUAGAAGUAGCCAGCUGAAACUUUUCAUGGUAUGGAGGAAAAUAUCCCAUUUAGACCUGUUGACAACCAUAUUCCUAAGAAGUGGCCUACAAAACCGGCAGUUAACUUGUGUUUGAAGGAGCAAGCUAAGGAUUAAAGAGAGCAUUCAAACAGUACAAUGGUUUUUCUCUGUGUCUGUUUGCUGCCUGACCCUAUCCAGGUUUGUUCAGAAGUCACUUAUUUGUGCAUAAAGUUGCAGCUUUAAAGCCACACUAGUGUUAGCAAUAAGCUGUUAAUACCCUGUUUGUUUAUUGAAAGUCUCUUCAUGUUUGUCUUCAAAUAAAUUUCGCACCAUUUUCUAUUUUAAAAAAGUAAGUAUCUGGAAAGUAAAAGCCUGAACAGAUAGCAUCAACUUUGGGAACCAUCAUUUUAAGCAAUAUAAGUGAAUGAUAGUAAUGUUUACAAUUGUAAAACAUUAUACAUUUCAUGUUUUAUGUGUGAGUAGAGCUAGCUGUAUUUAAACCAGCCAUGAAACCCAUGUUGUAUUGUUUACAUACUAUGAUUAAUGUGGAAUAUUGAGCUUUCUAUUUUAGCUCUUUCUACAUUUCAUUUGUUUGUAUUCUGUUCAAAAACAUCAGUGCCCCAAUGCAUUGCUUUUUCUUAAUGCAUUAAGAAACUGGUUGUCAUUUUGUAGUGCUCCUUUGCUGUCUGUCUAACUUCAGGUCACUGUAAGGUUUCAAUGCUUUUUUUAAAAAAAAGUUAUAAAACACCUCAAAUGUUUUGAUACAUUUCUUAAAGUUGUGUCACUUACUGGGCAGGGAGCCCAGAACAUGAUAUUUUCUUGUAGAACAAAGUGUUGAUGUUCUUUAACUGUUUCUAAGAAUUUCUUGUUGUGUAAUUUUUGGUUUGACAUUAAAUCAUGUACUCCUAGUCUC